AUGGCUCAACAGGUGCGUAUUACUUUCAUAUAUCAAUCUUGGAUGAAAUUUCUAAUGAGACAGCAAGAGAGGCUGGAGAAGUCAACGAGAAAGGAAGGGAGUCAGAAGAAGAAAAUUGGACUGAGGUUGCAUUACGGCAAACGGCGAAUCUCGCAUUUGACGAGCAAAGUUGGCAGAUUACAAAUCAUUGAUUUGUCAUCAACAACGGCGCUGGAUAUAUUGAAAUUAGGGACUCCAGUUGAUCAAUUUAACGCAAUAAUUGAGGCAACUAAUAUUGAUCCGGUUCCACUGUCUGCUUAUGCCAGGGACCUUAGCAAUGCCCUCGAUAAAGCGCCUUUAUUAAUACGUGCAUUACGCGAAACACUGUAUCAUGUUGGAUUUCGUAAAGACUUCGAUUUCAUCGCCCACGAUGAUGCUAGUUUUAUGGAAAUAACGAUAAGGUACUUCUUGGAUCUAAUGAGCUCUCCCAAUAGCCUCUUGAAUAAGAUUAUGCUCGAGAGAACAACAGCUAGUUAUCUGAUAAUUUACCUUGUAAACCAAUUGUUUAUUGCCAAUACUGAUGUGAUUGAGCUAGGAUGGCUUGAAAGAGAGUUUUAUUCUACUGAUCGAAGCAAAUUUGAUGGAAUUCUAUUCAAGGUUGGAAAUAAAUCGAUUAGCCCAGGUCUUAUCGAAUUUUCAGGAGGGAUAAAUGACAAAACCUCAUCUCGAAAAAAUUCAAAGGAUAUUGAAAAGAUGUAUACCAGUCACUACAUCUACUUUGAAAGUCUCCUUGAGUUUGGUGGUACGAUGUACAGAAAAAUCGAUGCAACCAUGGAGAUCCCGAAUACACCAAGAAAAUUAAAAGUAUUCAUCAAAGAAAUCCCAAUGAUUCUUGCGUGGAAAGAGGUUGUAACAAACCAUGCUAUUAGUUUGACUUGAUACACCAGAAAAAAUACCUCAUAAUUUUCAUAUGUAUAUUCAUCAUUUACGUAUCAUUAAAAAUAUAAAGAAAUAAAGCCAGCUUCUAAUAUGGGGCAUUAUAUACCAUUAUACUUCGGGCUUGACAAUCUUUGUUGUUGUAGUCAUAUCUUCUUUUAUUUCGACUUUUUUUUUUUACUACGCUCUUGGCUAUACACCGC